CUCCCUCGGAACCCAACAACAGCCAGCCGGAGCUGACACCGCAUAAGUGUCACUCACUCCAAACUCUCAACUCAUCUACGCAGAGACUUGAUCUUCUUUCGUGGUGUUUUUGCACCGUAUCUUUGGUUGAUAUAGAUUGAAUUUUCUAGCCACGGCCGUUAUACGUUAUGAGAGUCUGAGCUCUUACACCGUAAUCAUACUGUUACUGCGAACCUAGAAUUAUCGUUGUUGAAGCUGAGGACGAUCUAUGCGAAUGAUGAUGCAAGCUUAGAUUUUGGGGUUUUGGAUUUUGGAUCAGAUAGUGAUACCGCUGAACUACACAUAUCAAUACGGAGGAAACACUGUAACUACCUAACGACCCCAAGAGACGCUUAUUUGAAUCUCCAACCGAUACGACUUUCGGGAGCUUUGCACUUCAGAAUACAAACGCUACAAUGACGAUCCGCGCACUCAUACCGUUCCUAGUGGGGAUGAUGCUGUUGACUGGUGUCUGCAAUACAUUGUUGAGCAAAUACCAGGAUAUGCAAUGCGUCAGACACUGCCACUCGUCGGAUCCCAAUAGGCGACGAUACUUUGAACAGCCUAUCCUACAGACAGCGCAAAUGUUUGUCGGUGAAAUGGGCUGCUGGCUCCUGAUCGGCGCUUCGACAGUCUACAAACACUUUGCCUCCAAGGCCUCCGCCAGUCGGGGCUACCAGCCCGUAGGCGCCGCAUCCGCUGACUCGCCCGAGUCCGACGACACACGGGUGGUGACAGGUGAUGACCAGGGAAAUUCAGAGGCAGCGUUGGCUGACGACGCUGACGAUGGUACUGACGAGGAAGGCCGCGUCCCUCUUCGCGGGCUACGGAUAGUUUUGCUUGCGCUCCCCGCAUGCUGCGACAUUGCGGCCACAACGCUCAUGAACGUGGGCCUGUUGUUUGUCGUGGCAAGCAUCUACCAAAUGACUCGCGGCGCCUUGGUUCUGUUUGUCGGGCUGUUUAGCGUUCUGUUCCUUCGGCGCAAACUGCAUUUAUACCAAUGGCUGGCUCUCUUUGUAGUUGUUGCAGGCGUCGCGCUCGUCGGUCUGGCUGGCUGGAUCGCGAACAAUGUCAAGGAAAGCGGCGGAAGUUCACUCGGACUGCCCGAGGACACGGAUAGCCUUGCACAGGCCAGUCUCUUCUUGAUCCGCCGUGCAGCGUCCGAGGUUGACGCUACUGUGCGUACGCCCGAGGCGGUGCGCGCUGUGAUUGGCGUGCUGCUCAUUGCGGGCGCGCAAAUCUUUACCGCCACGCAGUUUGUGUCCGAGGAAUGGAUUCUCGAAAACUAUGCGCUGGAGCCGCUCAAGGUCGUUGCCUGGGAGGGCCUGUUUGGCUUCGUCGUGACCAUUCUCGGCAUGAUCAUACUGUAUUUUGCCGUUGGCCGCACGUCGGCUGGCCGCUAUGGCUAUUUUGAUGUCAAGGAAGGCUGGCGACAAAUGACGCAUAACCGUGCCAUUGCCGUUUCCAGCAUCUUGAUUAUGAUUAGCAUUGGGGGCUUCAACUUUUUCGGCUUGUCGGUGACGCGCACCGUCAGCGCCACCUCGCGCUCCACCAUUGACACCUGCCGCACGCUGUUCAUCUGGGUCGUUUCGCUCGGCCUCGGCUGGGAAACGUUCAAGUGGCUGCAAGUCGUCGGCUUUGCCCUGCUCGUCUACGGCACCUUUGUGUUUAACGAUAUCGUCGAACCACCAAUGAAGCGCUGGCUCGGCCAUCCGAGCGCCACGAGGGUCGAGUUGUUGCCCGAAGAGCCCAUUGAGCAUUUGUAGCCGCCCCAGUAUACUAUUCUGUCAGCGUUGAGUAAGCUUUGCUAGCCCGGAAUGACAGUAUACAGUAUGCAAUAGAUAGUACGCAAUUGUCAUUAUAGCUUUCAUGUUACUCACGUUUCUGUCUUGUCAUUUUUUGAGUAUAAUAUUCAUUUUUGCCUGUUCAUGUUCAUUUUGUUUGCCUGUUUAUGUUCCCACUCUUCGUCACCUGUUUAUAUCUCCGUCUCUCCGUCAUCUAUAUACUUUUUCCUUUUCAUUUGUCUAAUCGGUGUU